AUGGCGCUCAAGUUUAAUAUAAAUACUACUGUAAUAAAAAAACCCGUCAUUAAAGUGACUGCAGUUAAGAAGUCAACACCUAUAUCUAAACCGAAAAACAACGAGUUCAAGCUCACGAAAAAUAACUGGAUUUUCUUCGUUCACUACAAUAUGGAUGACACAUAUUUAGAUGUAACGGCCGGUUAUGUCGACGAUUGUAAAAUAACUCAAAUGCAAUAUCAUUCGUUCACGCCGUAUUCAAACACGUCUUUUUCAUACAAUGAUGAAAUUAGAAUAAAUAUUCAAAAUAUGGAAUCUUACACUCUACCGUGUGAAAGUUAUAUUUACAUUGAAGGAAAGCUAAGAAAACCUGUAGAUUCUGAAGGAGACGUACGUGUUUCGAAUAAUGGUUUGGCAUUUUUAUUCUCCGAAAUGCGAUAUGAAAUAAAUGGAAUAGAAAUACAAAAAUUGAAAUCACCCGGAGUGUCGUCUUGCCUGAAAGCAUACUGUUCAUAUACACCAAGUGACUUGAAUACGUUAGACAAUUGUGCUUGGGACUCGGGCUUGGACGGCGAAGAUAAUAAAAAUUUUAUGAGCAAUGAUGUAUUUACCGGUUGUAUACCUCUAAAACAUUUAUUCGGAUUUUGCGAAGAUUAUAAAAAAAUAUUACUAAAUUGCAAUCAACAACUGAUUUUAAAUCGCUCGUCUACCGAUUUAGACGCAUUACGUAUGACGCAAACCGUAACCCCCGAAAACGUUGAAAAAAAUAAAAAAAUUAUGAUUGAAUUGAUUAAAGUGAUAUGGAAGAUGCCUAUAAUCAGAGUUAAUGAUAAAGAAAAAUUAAAACUGUUGAAAGUGAUAGAUUCACGUAAAACGUUAUCAUGUGCGUUCAGAACCUGGGAUCUAUGUGAAUAUCCUGUACUACCUAGAAAUACUUCACAUUCAUGGACGAUAAAGUCUAGCAGCUUGCUUGAAAAACCUAGAUUUAUUUUGUUUGGAUUACAAACAGAUAGAAAAAAAAAUAUAGAAAACGAUGCUGGGCGCUUUGACCACUGCCAACUAAAAAAUCUUAAGUCAUUUUGUAUCAUGCCGACGUAUAGCCUACCCUACAGGCGGGUGGCUUCACUUUCACAUGACCCUAGAUUAUUAUAG